GGUUUCUCCAUACUGGAGCUACGCAUCAUGACAUCAGGCCAUGUUUACGGAGCAUUUGCGUUGCGCAUCCUUCAGCUGGAUGGAAUUUUUACUCUUAUAAAAAGUCUUAAGAUUGUCCUAGUGACAUCAGAAGGGAAAGAAGCAUGCCCAGAAAAUUGUCGUUGUGAGGAGUCCAAGGACUGGAGAACCCAAAGUAUCUACUUGCCCAAUCUUGAAGUAGUGGAAAUCAGAGGAGAAGAUCAUGAGUUUGAUUUCUGGAAACUGGUAAUCAGUGGUGCACCAAAUUUGAAAAGAGUGGUGAUGGACAAGCCAUCAAAUGAGGUUAAAAUGGACAGUUGGCGCAUGAAAAUUAUCACCAUCCUUGGUCCUGGCAUAGCCAUUGCUGGUGGAUGCGAUGGAGCAUGAUACUUCAUACAUAAGAUGACUGUUUGGUUUGAUGUGCUAAUGUGCUGAAACGGUUCACAGGUGAAGGAAUGGCUGCUACAGUUGUUAGCUGUCACUGAGUUUGUUGCAUCACAUCAACAUGGUCGGCGCUUUUUAUAUGCUAUGUGCAAAAACUAGUGGUGCCUUAGUCUUGCAUUCACAUCAGCAUGUAAUGUAGCAAGAUGCUUUUGAAUACGUAACCCGGGGAAUUUCAGUUUAAUCAUCCUAGUAUGAUUUAAGUCGGAUUCCAUCCUGCCUUAGCUUUUUCUACAUGUGUUUGCUCGGCAGCUCUUGUUCGCCCAGGAGAGUUUCUGCUCCAAGUAUCACCUAAACGUGUAUGUUUGUGUGUGUUCCUCAGUUGUGGCUUCAAAAGUAUGGCAUCACUUGUCCUGAUUGAAUGCCAAGAAGUUGAU